AUGCAGAGACAGCUUAGCAACGUCAGCAUACACUCUUACCAGGAGUACCAGCCCAGCAGGAAAUAUGGGCCGCAGUAUGAGCCGGGUGGGUACGCAACGGCAGUGCAGCAACGUACCAAUAUGAAACAAAGGGAAGACGCUCUGAAAUUUGAGCAGGGACGCAUCAGGGCCCUGCAAGAAGAGAGACAACACAUACAGAAGAAGACUUUCACGAAAUGGGUCAAUUCAUUCCUACAGAAGGCGAGGAUGGAAGUGGAGGAUCUAUUCGUGGACCUCGCAGACGGGCGUCGCCUGCUCAAACUCCUUGAGAUCAUCAGCGGCGAAAGACUGCCUCGUCCCAACUCAGGCAGAAUGAGAGUCCACAAGAUAGAGAAUGUCAACAAAUCUCUAAGCUUCCUACACACCAAGGUCCGCCUGGAAUCCAUCGGUGCUGAGGACAUAGUGGACUGCAACCCUCGCCUCAUCCUGGGUCUCAUCUGGACCAUCAUCCUGCGCUUCCAGAUCCAGGAGAUUGAGAUCGAUGUGGAUGAAGAGAAUGUAUCAUCGGAGAAGAAAUCAGCCAAGGAUGCUCUCCUGCUAUGGUGUCAGCGGAAGACCAGUGGCUACCACGGCGUCCACAUACACAAUUUCACAGACUCCUGGAGAUCUGGACUUGGAUUUAACGCUCUUAUACACGCUCACAGACCGGAUUUGUUCCGCUGGUCCGAACUGCCGACUUCCGACCACGUGGAGACUCUCAACCAUGCCUUCGACGUAGCUCACACACACCUUGGGAUACCGAAGCUAUUGGAUGCUGAAGACGUUGACACUACACGUCCCGACGAGCGUUCCGUGAUGACAUACGUGGCCAGCUACUACCACACCUUCGCCAGGAUGAAGAACGAACAGAAGAGCGGCCGCAGGAUCGCUAAUAUAAUCGGCCAGCUGAUGGACUGCGACGGUCGCAAGGCGGAGUACAGCCGCCUAGUGAGCGCGCUGCUAGAGUGGAUCCGCCUCAAGAUACACGAGCUGAACUGCCGCGACCUGCCCAACUCGCUGGACGGCAUACAGAGGCUGCUGCUGGCCUUCAAGCAGUACAGGACCGUCGAGAAACCGCCCAAGUAUAAAGAACGUUCUGAAAUCGAAGCCUUGUACUUUGACAUCAACACGAUGCAGAAGAGUUUAGUAGGAGAACCCUGGGCCCCGCUGGAGGGACAGCUGCCUCAAGACCUGCAGCGAGCCUGGCAACAGCUGGAACAGGCGGAACAUUCCCGGGAGCUGGCUCUUCGCACUGAACUAUUAAGACAGGAGAGACUUGAACAACUGGCUUACAAGUUCCAUACUAAGUCUGUUCUCCGUAAGGGGUACCUAAAGGAGAUGAUUCAAGUGCUGUCCGACCCCCGCUACGGGUCCAACGUGGCGCAGGUCGACGCUACAGUCAAGAAACAUGAAGCUAUAUCAGCUGAUAUACUCGCCAGAACCGAGCGUUUCGAAGAUCUAUCAGCUAUGGCUGCAGAAUUAGUUAAGGAGAAGUACCACGGAGCGGAGAGUGUGUCUCAUACAGAACAAGCAGUGCUAGCCAGGUGGAAGGAACUAUUGGCUCUGUUGGAGAGACACCGCGCGGCGCUGGCUACACUGGCGCAGAUGGUGGCGCUCCUGAGAGAGGCUGAGGCUGUGGGGCACACGCUGCAGGAGAUGAAGGCUCAAUUCCAAUCUGAGGAGGUUGGCAGACACCUGGUGGAUGUAGAGCGUCUGCUGCAGGCGCACGCCCUCCAGGAGUUACAACUAGGAGCUCUGGAUGACACUAUCAAGAGGCUGGCGAGGGCGGGCGCGGGAGACCACGCCUCCGCCGCCCAGCUAAGAGGCGCCCUAGACUCACUGGCUGAUGAUUACACCGGCCUGGUCGCAGCCGCUAAGGACCGCAAGGCGAGGCUCGAGGAUGCGAGGAAUCUGUACCAGUUCCUCGAAGAUCAUGAGGAGGAAGAAGGCUGGGUGAUAGAGAAGCAGCGCAUCUGCCGGGCGGAGGUCGCUGCUAAGGAUCUGCGGGCCGUGAUGGCGCUGAGACAGAAACACACGGCGCUUUUACACGAACUACGGGCCCGGGACCUUGUGGCGCAGAGACACAGGGGCAAGGGACAGAGUCUAAUAGAAUCAAAGCACCCUAAGAGCGGUGAGAUCGAGCGUCGCCUGGCGUCUCUAUCCCAGCAGUGGGACGUGCUACGGCAACUGGCUACCGACAGGGAAAAGCAGCUAGCUGAUGCUGCAGAGGCGCACCAGUUCUACGGCGACGCAAACGAAGCGGAGUCCUGGAUGCGAGAGAAGCGCGCUCUGGUGGCGUCUUCAGACUGCGGGCGGGACGCGGCGGGCGCGGCCGCUUUACUGGCCCGACAGCGCGUUUUACACGACGAACUACGCGCGCACGGGGCCGAGCUGCGCGCGCUAGCGGCCGCCGCUGAUAGGCUCACUAACAACGGGAUACAUACGCUACAGCUGCCGAUGGAAGUAGAGUCCGUUUCAGGCGAGCAGGAAGAUGAGUGGUCGAGCGAGUCACGUCUGGUGCCGGCCGAGGUGUGGGAGGAAGAACCUGUAGAAAGGCUGGAACACAGGACAGUCACCGAGCAGAGGAGCGUGCCUCAGGUGAAAGCUCUGUACGCGUUCAGCGGGCAGGGAAUUUCAAUGGCGAAGGGCGAGGUUAUGUUCCUCAUUAGCAAGACCAAUCCCGACUGGUGGUCCGUGCGUAAGGCAGAUAGGACGGACGGAUUCGUACCCGCGAACUACGUCAGGGAAAUAGAACCGAGAGUUGUACCGGUCCAGGUCCGCCGUCCGGAGAAGGUGCGCACAGUCCAGCGUGUCAAGAAGACCGUGCUAGUGAAGCAGGUCGUGCAGGUCAGGAGGACGCCCGCCAGGAGGACCAGGCUGCCUCCGCCUGACAGACACCCGCCCGUGCAGCAGAGGAUGGAACACAUACAGCUGGAGUAUGAGGAGCUGCUCAAGCUGUCCGAGGCGCGUCGUCUGCAGCUGGAGGACGCUAUCAAGCUGUACAGCUUCUUCGCGGAGUGCGACGACUUCGACAAGUGGAUCAGAGACAAGGAGAAGAUGUUGAGGACGGACGAGCCGCAGGAGAGUGUGGACAACGCUAAGAGGAUGUAUGAGAAAUUCGUAACGGACCUGUCAGCGGCUUCCAAACGCCUGGAGAGUAUCGACGCAGCGGCUGAGGAGCUGGUGGCAGCUGAGCACGGGCAGGCGGCGCGAGCUGCUGCGAGGAGGCAGCAGCUGCGGCAGCAGUGGGACCGGCUGCUGCGGCUCAAGCAGCAGAAGGAGAAGAGUCUGGAGGGAGCCUCCAGUGUGGAGCUCUUCAACCGCACCUGUGAUGAAGCGCUAGAAUGGAUGUCAGAGAAGGAACGCCAGCUAGCCGACGGCAGCGCCAGCGCAGCGGACCUAAGAACCGUUAGAGCGCUGCAGCGGAGACACGCACAGCUUGAGAGAGAGCUGCAGCCGCUGAGAGAUAGACUACACACUGUGACCCUACUUGCUGAUUCGGUCAAGUCCCAGUAUCCAUCGGAGAGGUCCAACGUCGAGGCCCGUCAGAGACAGCUGUGUUCGUCGUGGGAGCGUUGCGAGGCCCAGGCCGCGGAGCGCCGGGCCCGACUUGAGAGUGCUGUGGGACACCAGGUGUUUGCUAACGGAGCUAGCCAGCUGCAGGAUUGGAUCCAGAAAAUCCGCUCUCAAGUAUCAUCGGAGGUGCGCGCCAGUGACGUAGCGACCGCCGAGUCUCUGUUGAAGGACCACCAGGAUCUGCUAGACGACAUCAAAGCGCAUAAUGAUGAGUUCAAAGAGGUCAUCAACCUGGGUCAACAGCUGGUGGCGACCAAUCCAGCUCUUACAGACGUGGCAGAGACGGUCAAGCUGCUACAGCUGGAACAAGAUGCUGUCAUGAAAGAGUGGCAGUCCAAGGAGCAGGUGUUGCAGCAGUGUCUCCAGCUGCAGAGCUUCAACCGCGAGGCGGACCAGAUAGACGCCGCCUCCGGGGCGCACGAGGCGGUGCUCAACUACAACGACUACGGGUCAUCUGUGGACGAAGCGGAGGCCUAUCUCAAACGUCAGGAGGAAGUUGAAGCCCGGCUGAGUGCUCAAGAUGAACGCGUGGCGGCCUUCGCAGCACGAGCACACGCGUUAAUAGUUGCCAAGCCACCACACUACGCGAAAGAACAUAUCCAGUCUCGCUGUGACAGCGUAGUGUCCCGGCGGGAGGCAGUCCGUCACGCUGCAGCAGCCAGGAGACGAGCGCUGCUGGCCAACCUGGCACAUCAUCAGUUCCUCGCUUCGGUGGACGAGCUGCAGACGUGGAUACAAGAUAAAACGAGGACAGCCACGGACCAGAGCUACCGAGAGCUGGCAAACCUUGAACGUAAGCUGCAGAAGCACGAGGCCUUCGAACGAGAGUUACAGGCGAAUGAGAAACAACUCAGGAAUGUUGAGAGUAUCGGUCUCUCGCUCCAGAAGUCAGACCCAGGUCAUGCUGAGGAGGUUUCCUCCAGGUUACAGUCUCUGCAGACAGCCUGGGCGGCGCUGGUGGCCGCCUCCAGGGACAAGGGCGCCAAGCUGAGGCAGGCCAGCCAGCAGAGGAUGCACAGACGUUCGGUGGAAGAUGCCAAAGCGAGGUUGGCAGAAGUGGAGCGAGCUCUGAACAGCACCGAGUUGGGUUCAGAUUUGAGAUCCUGCAAGAGACUGCUGCUACUACACCAGGCUUUGGAACAAGAGUUGAGUCAAUGCGAACAACGAGCGGAGUCCCUUGCGGCCCAGGGCUCCGACCUGGUCUCCAGCGGUCACUUCGACGGCGCGGCCAUCGAGAGAGACUCCGCCGCGCUGCUGCAGGCCGCCCGGGCGCUCCGCCCUAGAGCGGCCGAGAGGAGACAGGCGCUCGAAACUAGUCUACAACUACACAAGUUCGCUGCCGAGGUUUCAGGAGAGCUAGCUUGGGUGUCGGAGCGCCAGGCCGCCGCUUCAUCCACCACGCUGCCCGGAGAUUUGCACGCUGCGCAAGCGGCGCAGAAGAAACACGCCAAGCUGCGCGCGGAGCUCGAGGGGCGGAGGCCUAUCGUGGAGAGGGUGCUCCAGCGAGGCAAGGAGCUGGACACGCAUCCACAGGCUGGCAAGAUCAAGCAGCUGUGCCAGGAGCUUGAAGAGGCCUAUUCCUCUGUAUCAUCAGCGGCGGAGGAGCGUGCGGCCCGGCUCGAGGCGGCGCUCAAGGCCCAGCAGUUCCUGCAUGACGCAGCGGAAGUGGACUCCUGGCUGGCUGACAAGGCCGCCGCUCUGGCUUCCGGUGACGUCGGCAAUGAUAGGCAUAGAGCGACGCAACUACUCACACGGCAUAAGGCCGUAGAACUCGAAUUGGAUACAUACGCGGCUAUCAUAGCGGAAAUGGGUCACGUGGCGCAAUCCAUGGCUUCCGGUGGUCAUCCUGAGGGAGCGACGCUGGUCACCAGACAUGACCAGCUGGCAGGGAGUCUGGCUAGGCUGCAGAGACUGGCAGCUAGCAGGCAGGCCGCGCUUAUGGAGAGUGUGUGCAGACAUGAAUAUCUGGCUGAGAGCGCUGAGUUAGAGGAAUGGGUUGCGGAACAGCAAGCGGCCGCCUCAAGUGAAGACUAUGGACAGGAUUAUGAACACUUACUGAUCCUUCGGUCCAAGUUUGAAGAGCUUCGUCAUCGUGUUGAGAGUGGUGCUGAGAGGUUCAACCAGUGUGAGGAGCUUGCCAAAAAACUGGUCGCCUCAGACAGCCCAUACAUCGCUGAUAUUGAAAAGAGACAGGAAGUACUCGGCGAGUCCUGGCAGCGUCUGGUAGAACAGAUCCAGUCCCGCAGCCAGCGCCUGGCUGCUGCUGGAGAGAUACACCGCUUCCACCGCGACGCCGGGGACCUGCUGGCGCGGGCCGGGGAGCGCCGGGCCCGCCUCGCCCCGCCCCCCGCGCCCCGCGAUCUGCGCGCCGCCACCGCUCUCCUGAGGGACCACGACGCGGCGGAGAACGAUAUGGUCGCUAUAGACGCGCAGAUGCAGGUGCUCCAGGAGGAAGGGUCUCGCCUCCAGCGGUUGUGCCCCGGCGGUAAUUCCCAGCAGAUAGCGCUGAGACAGCAGGCGCUCAGUGAGGCUUGGCGGUCACUACGAGGAGCUGCAGAUCUUAGGAGGAAACUGCUGCACCAACACCUGGAAUUACAGACUUUCCUAUCCGAGGUCCGUGACGUCAUCUCGUGGUCGUCAUCCCUCCGCAGCGAGAUGUCGUCCCCAGCCGCCGCUCGCUCAGCAGCGGCUGCGCAGGCGCAGAGAGCGCACCACGACGCGCUGAGGGCGGAGAUAGACGCGCGCGACGACGGGUUCAAGGACGUACUGGCUAGGGGGCAGAGGUUACUGGAUGAGGAACAUCCCAGCUCAGCGGAGAUCGAGGAGCGUUGUCGCGCGGUAGUAGAGGAGCGUGGUCGUCUGGCUAACGCCUGGGCAGCCCGGCAGGUGGCGCUCGAUCAGCUGAUCGACUGGCACUGCUUCUUGAGAGACGCCAAACAGCUUCACGCUCUGUGUGCGGCACAAGAGGCGGCACUAGGUAGUGAAAUAUCUCCAACCAGCAGCGUGGAGGAGGUGGAACAUCAACUCAAGAAGCACGAGGCCUUCGAGAAACUACUGGCGACACAGGAUGAGAAACUAUCAACUCUGAACAGCCACGGAGACAAGCUACUGCAACAGAACCACGUGGAGAGUGAGCGGAUACAGGAGGAACUGGCCGCGGUCAAUGACCGGAGGAAAAAGCUGUAUGUGGCUGUUGGAGUCCGUCGUGGAGCCCUACUCAGGGCGCGCGCUCGAGCUCAAUUCACAAGAGACGCCGCUGAAGCCAGGAGCUGGGUUGCCGACAAAAUGGCGCAGCUGCAGCUUAUCACUGGUGAAGUGACGGACCUGGAAGACAAAAUCAAGAAGCUUCAGAGACACCAGGCGUUCACAGCUGAGCUGGCCGCGAACAGGGCGCGCCUGGACGAGGUCAAACAGCUGGCCGAACAGCUGCAACCUGAUAGGGAGGUGGCCAAGGAGCUGGAACAGCUGGAACGAGAGUGGAGGACUCUGGAGGACGCCGCGGAACAAAGAGGUCGCGGAUUAGAGGAGGCCCAGGACAUUCUGGAGUUCAACCAGCACCUGGACAAAAUAGAAGCCUGGAUACGAGAUAAGGAGUUGAUGGUUCAAGCUAAUGAGACCGGUCGUGAUUACGAGCACUGCACCGCCCUUCUACGUAAGCUGGAUGACUUAGACAGCGAUAUGAAGGUAGACGACAAACACGUCAAGAGCGUGCAGGCCUUAGCUGACAAGCUGUUGCAGCAGGGUCCGACCCAACACGCUGCCAGCGUCGCGGCCCGUCGUGACGGCGUGCUGCUCAAGUGGCGCGCGCUGACCGGCGCCCUGCAGCGGUACAGGGAGAGGCUGGCGGCAGCAUUGCAGCUACACUCCUUCAACAGGGACGUUCAAGAAACAUCAGAGCGUCUGUCCCGCAAGGCAGCAUUAUUCCGCAGCGAGGAGUGUGGCCGGGACCUCAGCGCGGCUCAUGAGUUGAAGAGGAGGCUGGAGGCAGCUGUUCGAGAGGCAGGAACUAUAAGGGACAGGAUACAACAGCUGAAGAACGACGGAGCGGCGCUGGCUAGGAGUCAUCCUGAACAGCGUGAGAUAAUUGAGUCCCAGCUGUCUCAGCUGGAUCAAGGCUGGGAGCAGCUGCAACAGCUGGCGGCCGCGCGCUCACACAUGCUGGACGACGCUAUCAAGGAACAUAAGUUUGAAGAGAACCUUAAGGAGUUGGAGGUGUGGGUAACAGAAACUGUGAAGCGUCUAGAUCGCGCUGAGCCGGACAGCGUCACAGACGCCCAGGCACAGCUGGAACACCUGCACGAGACUAAGGCGGAGAUAGACGGUCGCCAGAAAGCUAUCUCAUCUCUACAGAAAGAGGCUGAGCAGGCCCAGGAGGUGGAAAAGGUGAAACGAGUGGAGAAGCUGGCGGCUGGACUUGAUCAGGCAUGGCUUCAGAGGAAACAGUAUCUCACACAGUCCCACUCGCUACAAGUCUUGAAGGAACAGGCCCAGGCUGUCGAGGACUGGCUCGCUGGUAAAGAGGCCUUCCUGCAUAAUGAUGAUCUAGGAGAUAGUCUUGACGCUGUUGAGACACUGAUCCGUAAGCACGGAGAGUUCUCCAAACUGCUGGAAUCCCAGAUGGGUAAAGUGUUUGAGCUGGAAAAAUACGCAGAGUCUAUAUCAGAGGGACACUACAAUAGAGACUACAUAAUGAAGAGGGUAGCCGCCGUGAGGGGGAGGGCCGAUCAGCUCAAGCUGUCGUGCGUGUCCCGCGCCGAGCGCCUGCAGCAGGCCUUGCAGCUGCAGCAGCUGUUGAGAGACGUGACUCACGCGAGGGAGUGGAUCGACCUCAAGAUGCAGAUUGCCAACGACGCUAACUACAGGGAGCUGUCAAACCUGCAGAGCAAGAUACAGAAGCACGCGGCCUUCGAGUCGGAGCUGGCUGCCAACAAGAAGAGGAUCGACGACGUGGCUACGGCCGGCGAGGACCUCAUCGAGGCCAAGCACUACGCGUCCCAGGAGAUAGCGAAACACGUCGAAGACCUGGAAAACCUGUGGACUGAUCUAUUGUCCGCGUCCAAACUACGUAGAUCCCGACUGCAGGAGGCUUACCAGGCGCGCGUGUAUCUUCGUGGGUUAGACGACUUCACCGCCUGGCUUGAUGAUGUAGAAGCGCAGCUGCUCAGCGAGGAUCAUGGCAAGGAUCUAUCAUCAGUGUCGGCGUUACUGAAGCGCCACUCUCGCCUCGAAGCGGCUGUGUCGGCGAAAGCUGACACCGCGACACAACUGGCCGACACCGCCAGACAUCUGGCCGACAAUAAACACUUCAUGGCCGAUGAGAUCAUGGAGAAAGCUGAUACUGCUGUCAAAAGAUACAAACAGCUCCAAGAGCCGAUGUCUAUCAGACGAGAGAAUCUUAAGGAUGCUGAACUAUUACACCGCUGGGAGAGAGACGCACACGAGGAAAUGGCAUGGUUGAAAGAGCACGAAGCAGCUGUAUGGUCUGAGGAGGCGGGCGGGUCUCUGCCUGAGGCGCAGGCGCUGCUGAAGAAACACCAAGCGUUGGGAGCAGAGCUGGGAGCCAGAGAGGCGACUAUCUCAGCGGUGAUCAGUCGCGCCAGCGCGUUGUCUCGACGCGGGCACUUCGCCAGCGCUUUGUUGGAACAGAGGAGCCGGGAACUGCGGGCCGCGCUACGGACUAUCAGCGAACGAGCGGCUCAUAGGGAGGCUGCGCUUAAAGAACGAUGUGAUCUACUACAGCUGCUGAGUGAAAUCUGGGAGGCGGAGGCCUGGGUGGCGGAGCGCCGCGGGGCCAUCCUCGGGGCUGAGCUGGCCCGGGACGAAGACUCCGCCCUCGCCCUGGCAAGGAGGCUCGAAGCCCUACAGAGGGAACUGCAAGCCUUCCAGCCUACCAUCGCGAGGAUCGAGAAGAACUACCAGGAUCGUUCGUACGAGGACGAGCAAGUUCGCCGUAAGCUGGACGAACUCAAAGCAUCUUACGAGGAGAUGAACCUGCUGUCAGCAAAGCGCCAGCAGAGGUUGCAGCAGAGCCUGAAAUAUUUCAAGUUCGUGCAGGAGUGUGAAGAAGUGCAAGAGUGGAUCGGCGAACAGAUGACAGUUGCUGCCAGCGAGGAGUAUGGCUUGGAUGUAGAGCAUGUGGACACGCUGCAGCAGGCCUUUGACUACUUCAUGCAGCAGCUACACGCAAACGAGGGUAGGAUCGAAGCGGUUUGCGAGGCGGGGGCAGUACUUCUAGAAGAGAAUACCCCAGAAGAAGAAAGAGUGAAACAGAAGAUAGAAGAUAUUAGAGGAUUGUGGGACGAUCUGAAGGAACUGGCUCUGGCUAGGCAGGAGGCGUUGGCUGGUGCGCGUCAAGUACACGAAUUCGAUCGCAGCGCUGAAGAAACUGUCGCGUGGGUCAAUGAGAAAGAAGCAGCGCUUGCAGCGCUGUCCUCGCCAGCAGCGUCUCAGCUGCAUCAGCUUAAAGCGCUGAAAGCGGAGCUGGGCGCUAUCAGGGACCAGCACCAGAUGUUGAAAGACAGGGCUUCCAGUCUGGGUGAAGCCUUCCCCGACGCCAAGGAGCACGUGCUGUCCAAGCUGGAGGAGGUGACUGAAGCGCUGGAAGCUCUGGAGGAGAAGGCGGCCCACAGCGAGCAACAGCUGGAACUGGCCGACCAGCUUAAAGCGUACUUUGAUAAAUAUCAGGAGCUUAUGGCCUGGAACAAUGAAACCCUCGCCCGCGUGACCGCCCCUGAGUUAUCUUCUGACGUGGCGGGUGCUGCUCGCCUGCUGGCCCGGCACCAGGACCUGUCCGCUGAGAUACACGCUAAGGAUGAGAGUUUCAACACCUUCUAUGAAGACGGUGAAAAAUUAGUUCGCGAGGGUCACUUCAUGUCCCAGGAGGUUGAAACUAGGAUGUCUUCCCUAAAAACUCGUAGGGCUGCGCUGGACCACGCCUGGAGCGCCCGGAACAGAAUAUACGAGCAUCACCUGGACGCGCUCAUGUUCCUGAGGGACGCUGAUGCGCUGGACCGCUGGAUAUCUUCCAGAGUGCCUCUCGUCCGUGAUGGUAAAUACGGUGAGAGUCUCGCGCAGACUGAAGAACUGAUCAACAGGCAUCGGGAUCUGGAGGAGACUAUCGACGCGCAGAAAGAGAAGUUCCUCGCGCUCAAACGGAUCACGCUGAUCGAAAAAGCCUUUAAAGAUCAGAAGGACGAAGAGGAGGCAGCUCGCAAGCAGCACCUGGAGCGGCAGGAGGCUGAGAGGAUGCAGCUGGUGAGGAGGAGGGAGAUGGAGAGGAUCGCGGAGGAGCGGAGGAGGGAGACGGAGGAGCAGAGGGGAGCCGCUGGACAGGUGGAGCGUCAGUUAUCCAGUUCCGGUAUGAACAGCAGCCUGGCCGGUUCCGUGGAGGAGACCCUCAGUCCGGCGCCGCAGUUCGACAGACUACCGAAACCUGACGUACAUGUCAAGAGGGCUGAGAGCAUGAGUGUGGUGAAGACUCCCAAGCGCACCCCGUCUUUCACAACACGCAGACGGACCCAGAGCUUCAGACGGCACAGGAAACAUGAUGAUCUACCUCCCGUGGAAAUAGAAGGGUAUUUGGAGCGCAAGCAGGAGGCUGGUUCAGGCGGCGUGAGGGCUGCCGUGAGGAGCUGGAGGUCGUACUAUGCUGUGUUGUGCGGACAGCUGCUGUGCUUCUUCAGGGACCAGGAAGACUUCGCUAGCUCCAAGGCCGCGGCUCCGCCUGUCGCUAUACUUAAUGCUCGUUGCACGCCCGCAAGUGACUACACCAAGCGUUCGCACGUGUUCCGUCUAUCAUGCGCUGAUGGGGCGGAGUACCUAUUCUCAUGCGGCUCCCGAGACCUGCUAUCAGAAUGGGUCGCUAAGCUAGCCUUCCACGCAGCCCUGCCGCCCCAACUACAAUUAACGCCAUAUAGCGCUGAGGAAUCACCUACAGCGGAUGUUAGAAGGAGAUUGCAGCAGAACGCCUCCUCAUCUUCAUCAGCGGCUUCUUCACCAGAGCCCCAACGUCACAGGACCCAGGCGGAAAUAUUACAGGAACAUCGGACCAGCCAGAAGGAGACUCAGGCUAGUAGGGAAGAUAAGAGUCGAGUCUCUGUAGAGAGGAAUAUUGAGUCUACAGUGCUGCCAUCUCUGCCGCCCAGACAGCCGCCGCCAGUAGAUGAUGCUGCUGAUGUAGUGCUGAGGAACUCUGACCGCGAGUCCCACUCCUGGGGUCGCUCCAGAUUCUCCAACGGCAGAGACCUGAACGCUGAAUUCAUACGGUCACAGAGAGACGCCGAGGCCCCGCCCCUCCCAGUGAAGCCUCCCGUGGGGCCUGAUAGGCCUCCCUCAGGGUCCGAUAGGCCUCCCGCGCUGCCAGACAGAGACAGGGAGAAGGUGACUAGUCUCGUGAACAAUUAUCAGCGGAUGACGCGGAGCUACCAAGAAAGAGAUGAGCGACACUGGCAAGAACAGUACGGGGGAGAGACGGCAUACGGAGCCAGCAGUAGACCGUCUUCUGUCUCUGGAGGGUCCCCAGCUCUUGAUAAUAGACCGGCUUCCAGGUCUUCCGGUGAAUCUGAACUAUCUGUCGGAGGGAAAGAGAAAAAAGAUAAAAAGGGAGUUUUCGGUGGAUUAUUCAGCAGAAAGAAGAGACCGCAGAGUCACAUGUAG